AUCAGCAUCAGUUCCGAACAACGCCUGCCGUAGCGCAGUCGUUUGUUUUAUUUUUAAGACUACUCAUUUAUGUAUUCCGUUGUAACGAUAUGUUUCGUGUAUAAAUGACUUAUUUAUUGUUAGUUUUGUGAAUACUUUGUAUUGUUAUGUGUUGGUUUUAUGGAUGAUUGUGUUUGGUCACGUUUUACCGGUUAGUUGUUUCGAUGCAGAUUAUCCGCGACUGAAGAUAUAAUAAUAGUGUUAAGAUAACUUAAUCAAAGUAAACCGAGGUUACCGUUCUACUAAGCAUGAGAGUCCCAGAAAUAACAUUGAGUCAAGAUAAAAUAAAAUAACAAAACAAAAUCGCUAUCUCAUGAACCGGUUUUUAUGCGAAAGACUUCAAUGCAAAGCGAAACUGACAAACCACAAACUGGGGAAGAUCAGCAAAAAUAACUUCGUUCAGAAUAGGACAAAAACCUCAGAAACAAUUAGACUAAACUAAACAGACAAAGCCUCAAAAUGGUGCACAAGAUCAUUAGCAAAAUAACCUCAAACACCGACACAGGCAAAGAAAAGGAAGACGUUCUAGCCAAACUACUCGGCCAUAUUGGAAAAUGGCAGCUCAUAGUCUUCACUUCCAUAUUUCUGGUAAAAUUCUCAUCAGGGACUGUACAAAUGGCGAUCAUUUUCCUCACCCCAAAAGCCUCCUUCUGGUGUUCGAAAUUUGACUCUAACAGUACAACAACUGUUGUUAAUAACACGUGCUACAGUGGUUGCGUGGAGUAUGAGUACGACACGAGUCCUAUGGAGACCAGUAUCGUGUCGGAGUGGGACCUGGUCUGCGAGCGGCAGUGGCUCGCUAGCUUCACACAGACUGUGCUGCAGUUCGGCAUCUUGAUCGGAAGCAUCAUGUUCGGGUUUCUUUCUGAUAGAUAUGGCCGCAGAAGCUCCUUCCUGGCAUCGAUAACCCUCCUCAUAAUAUUCGGAUUCGCCAUCCCUUUCUCACCCAGCUACACAAUCUUCACCUUACUACGCUUUAUGAUGGGUAUAGCAACCGCAGGAACUAUGGUUGUCUCUUUCGUCAUCGUUAUGGAGACUGUCGGGCCAAAAUACCGGGAGGUUUUGGGCUGCGUUUUCCAGAUCCCCUUCAUUGUAGGUCACAUGAGUGUGCCGCUAUUCGCGUAUUACUUCAGGACUUGGGACAGUUACAGUCUGGCUCUGGCUGUCCCUCCGGUGAUCUACUUGGGGUACUUCUUUCUGCUGAGCGAGUCGCCGAGAUGGCUGGUGUCGGUGGGGCGGGUGGAGGAAGCUACUAGGAUUGUCACGGAUGCCGCUUUGUUAAACAACCUCCCAACCGCCAACAUCGAAGACACCCUGACCAAACUCUCCAAAGAGAUCCUCAACAACAAAACCGACGAGCCUAAACUCAACUACAUAGACUUGUUCCGCACUUCGAGCCUGCGCAAGCGCACAGUCUGCAGCUGCGCGCUGUGGCUCAUUGGAGGACUCACGUUCUUUGGCGUCAACCAGUACAUUACGCAGACUAGCCCUGACCCGUUUGUGAGCGCUGCGGCUGCCGGGGCUAUACAGAUCCCGUCCAACCUGUUCGCGAUAUGGAUGGUGAGGACGUUCAACAGAAAAACUUCCACGGCCAUUUUCUUCGCAUUGGGAGGCAUUUUUAUAAUAAUUCUAGGAUGCGUGCCCAAAAUAUUCUGGCUCACUUUGACACUCGGCAGUUUAGGCUCGGCCUGUGGCGCCAUUUUUAACACCGCCAUCUACAUUUUCACUUCGGAACUUUUUCCUACGGUAGCUCGGAAUAUGGGGAUGGGAGUGUGCUCUAUGUCUAUGAGAAUAGGGUCGAUGAUCGCGCCAUUUGUGGCGAAUGUCUCCUAUUCGUUGCCGUGGAUGCCCACUGUCAUUUUCGGUUUGGCGCCACUAGUCGCGGCCGCCAUUUGCAUGUUGUUGCCAGAGACGAAAAAUAGAAAGUUGCCAGAUAGUGUUGAUGAUGUUGAAAAUUUUGUGUAAGUAAUUUAUUUAUAAUUUAAUUGUAGACAAACGAAUUUAUAUUAUGUUGUUUAAGUGUGAUAUUAAAAUAAGAUUUAUGUAAUUACGACUGAAAAUGCGUGUGAUAUUGUAAAAAUGCAUGCACCUAACUACCGACUAGA